UCUUUCGUUACUUCCGAUGUAAACAAUUAUGGUUUUCUUGUUGUCAUGCGUUUCUUUUCCGGUUAAGGCUAAGGGUCGCUGAUAAUAAUGUUGUGAAACAAUACAAGGAUGAGGGAUGCUAUGACUGUCUUAUCUCUCUCAAAAAAACUUUUGCUUUUACCCAGUCGACUAUGCUUGCCUGUGACGCAGUCCAAAUGUCUCCACUAUGUCCAAGGACAAAUGCCAGAUCCGAAGUCUCGAGAAUAUUUUUAUUUCAUUGAUCAUCAGGGUCAGCUUUUCUUGGAUGAUGCAAGAAUAAAGAAUUUCACUUCAUGUUUCAAAGAAAAAGACUUUCUGGUGUUUUUCUUCAAACGUCUGAAAGAAAAUGACAGAGGAAAAUACAGUGAUGAAUUCCCGUAUAUUUCCCCUUGUGGACGUGAGCUCAACUUUGUCCGUUGUGACGACACACCCAUAGUCUACACGCAUAUUAUCGGAGGCACAGAAAGUAGUCCUGACCUUUUGUCUUACGGUGGAGCGGGGGACCGCAUGACUGUACCAUUUGAACCCAUCAAUGUGUGCAUGUUUCCUCACACUGGGCGAGUGUACCACCCAGCCCCGGCCAAGUAUGGAGGCAUUGGCCUUAUCAAAUCCAGCCUGGCUAUAGAACUGAGCAAAUAUUUUGACUUCGAGGAAGGGGAUGAGACUCAACCUCCAUCACAUUUUACAUGGAAUAGUUCAAGGCACAAACUUUCAAAUUUGCUAUUUGAUGUUGUGAAAGACAGGAAAGUGGAAGAUGGUGUUCUUUGACUUUUAUUGAUGACUAUGUGUUCAUCUUGAAAAUAUUGUACAGCGGACUUUGCUUAAAAUGAAGUGAAACAUAUAUAUGAUUUUGGGAUGAAUAACGAUGCUUUGUUUGGAUAGAAGUUAUAAAACUGACCUGAUUUUUAUGGUUUAAUUAUCAUACUGACAUAAUCUUAAUUAAGUAAAAAUCCACAAAUAAUUUGAAAGUCUUUGGUACAUUAAAAAGAUAUACUUGGUGAAGAUCGUCUUCAUUUUUGUGUAUUAAUGUUAGAGUAGAGCUCACUUCAAGCUUCCAAGUUUCCCCUCGAUCUAGUCAUGUGAUGCCUAUAAGAAAUUUCUUAAUACUCUUCUUUGAAAGCGUUUAUGAAAUGGGGAAAAAAUGGUCUUUAUUUGUGAAAAUUUAAUCAUUCUUAGAAUGAUCUGUUGUAUCAUGUUAAAAUUAGGUGUUAUGUUUGAAGUCUUGUCUUUAUACAGGGUUUUUUUAACUCAUUUAGGGUGACCAUAUUAUGUCUAUUAAAUAAAUAUAUGCAUUCGUUCUCUAAGUUAAGACUUUGUCAUGGAAACAAUUAACUUAUUAAGAGGUCUUCAAUUAUGGAGAAAGUCAUUACGCUACCUGGAAAUUUUGAAGUUGGAAAUAACUCAGGGAGUAUUAAAGUCAUGUUGCACGUUAAUCAUUGUGUCUGAAGCGUUGGAUUUCAAACUUUCAUAAUACCGGAUAUUGCUGCCUUCACAUACUACGGGACACCUUUAACCGUCAUUGUCAUUUUUGGACGAAAAUAUCUUUCAAAGGCACUGCCAACGAUCAUUUAGCCUGCUUCUAAAUGUGUGUUAUUAAUUAUUGAUUUAUUUCUUCAUAGUAAAUGGUGAGAUUUAUUCAUUUAAUGCCUAUCCCUUCCCUUGUCUUUGUUCUGGAUGGAGAGUGUUCACCCGAUCAGAUCUCUUUAGUUUGUUAUUGGUGGUUGAAAAGAAUUCAUUUAAAAAAUUGUAUACUUUUUUAUUGCAAUAAAAUGUUGCAGUGUACCU